UUGUCAAUAAAGACAAUUAGUUUCGAAAUAUAAGCCUAUAAAUUUCAGUUGAUUUUUUUUAAUAUUCUUCCUCAUCAAACUUCAGGUUAUUUUAGUUUCAGAAAAAAUUGAUUGAAAGUACUUAGUAUGAGCGUAAAAGUAGUUAAGGAUGAAGAAUUAAUGAGUUUGAAAUUGGACAAACCCGGUCGUGUUAAGAGUCAAGAACAACUAGCUAAACAUACUAUAGAUAGUCAGUUUGAAGAUAAACCUAUAGAAAGAAGUGUAUAUUUAUUGACGAAAGGUGACGAUGUUCAAAAACUCAGUAUUGUUCAGAACUUACCACAGUUAUACCAAUUUGAACCAAAUGCUACCAUCAAUCGUAUAUUGCCAAAAAUCCAACAAGAACUUCCAGGCUCGUCUAGCGAAUUUAACAUCGCUACUGCUAGAAUAUUUCAAAUUUUAAUACAAAAGAAAGUUCCUAUAAACUUACUGAGUUCUAUUAUUCAAGGUAUAGAUUCUAGAGAUCCUUUAGUUGCUACUACCUGGAUUGAAACAUUACUAGAAGUUAUAAACCACCUUUCCGAUGCACAGAUAAGGAAUGAUGUAUUGAAAUGGGCUGUUCAGAAAUCAGCACCAAGUAAGCCUACUCUUUAUCGAGUGGCCAGCUGUCAUUUAUUAGGAAGAUGUGCUGUACACCCUAAAAUUCAAAGUAUAGAGGUCAAGACAACUAUAUUGCCACUUGUACAGGGACUAGCUCAAGAUGUUUCAUUUGAAGUUAGAGCUUGUAUGGCAGGGCAAUUAUCCAAUAUUGCACAGGGUUUAAAUGAUUCAAAUCUGAUCAAAUCAAACCUAUUACCAAGUGUUGUGGAACUUGCUAAAGAUACUAAUACUGUUGUUAGAUCAUCUACGAUUGUUGCUAUUGCCCAACUCUUGCAACAUUUCUCUAAUGAAACGAAACAGGAUGUCAUAAUACCAUUAUUUAAAGAAUUAUGUAAUCAAGCAGCUGAAGAAAAUGAAGCAUCCUACCCUGUACUUGCUAGAGAAUUUGGAAAGUAUAUGACGGGAUUACUGAACGUUUUAUCCCAAGCAGAUUGCUUGUGGUUUUUGAAAUUUUUUAAAAUUCUGUCAUCGAAAGGUUUGGGAUCCAGCCAAGGUGAUAAUGUGGACCCUACACAGGGAGUAUACUGUAGACACUUCUGUGCACAAAAUUUACCAUCAAUAACAUCGUUUACUUUGAAUCGAGCCAGCAAUUCAAUGGAUGUCUGGUAUUCUGUAUUUCGAGAUCUAGCUGCUGAUCCAUGCUAUAUAGUAAGAAAAUCUGUUGGAGCGUGUCUUCAUGAAGUUGUUGGCAUUUUAGGAAUCCAAUGCAGAAUAAUAAAGCCAGAUAUUGUUCGACUUCUGAGAGACGAUGCUGAGGAUGUUCUACACAUGGUAGUACCCAAGUUAGGCAUAACCAUGGAAACCUUGUGCAAUUAUGGCUUGCUCAGCAGAGAGACAAGUACUCAAACUUCUUUGGAAAUUGGCAGGGCAAUCCUUAAAUGUCACAUGGAACUAUCGAAAGGGGUGAACUGGAGGAUGCAAACAGAUCUACUUGCCCAGUUGGAACAUCUUCCUAAUUGCUUACCUUCAGAUUUUAUCCAUCAGCAUUUCACUCCAGUCAUUUUCGCCAUAAUUGGGGAUCAGAAAGCAAAACCCGUGAAAGCACAGGCUGCCAGAUUACUUUUGGUGUUCCUGCGAUACAAUAUCAAAGAGAUUCAGAGAAAAUGGAUCAGAGAAAACCUGAUGAAUCGCUUAUAUUUAUCAACUUCGUGUUAUACCCGACACAUAUUUAUCAAAAUGUGCGAAAGUGCUAUGUCAGUAUUCAGCAAAAAAUACUUCAAGGACCAUUUUUUCCAACCUCUACUAUAUCUAUUGGACGAUAGAGUAUCAAAUAUUAGACUUUGUACCAUAAAGCUGAUGCCACAAAUGCGUGGUAUGCUUGGACCAGAGGAUAAAGCCCUUCUACAGACAUUUGACAAUAUGGUCAAGAAACUCGAGCUUACAGAAAAAGAUAAAGAUGUGCAGUAUACGUUGAGAUGUGUAUUGAAAAAUAUGCAGAUCCAUCAAUUCGACGGUACUAAACAGGAAGCCAUCAUAGAAGAAAAACAAAGACAGGAGGAUGAAGCGAAAAUAGCUCAAGGGAAAAUAGUGGAAAACUAUAAAUUGAUGGAAGGACUACCAUUUGCCUCCAAGCGACCAGCUGAAACCAAUAAGGCAUUCAAAAACUCUCUGACAUUUCCUUCACAAAGCAGAUUCACUUUCCUUGAACAACAUUUCUAUACAGAUGCGGGAAUCAGUUUACCAAUAAAGGCUAUACCACCUCCCAUUUUAACAGAAGAUACUGUAGAAUUAGAAAGGUUUUCUUCCUUCAAGGAUAGGUUAGUUUUAGAUUUACUUGGGGAUGGUCCGCCUCAGUUAUACAAUGAUUUGAGCUCUUCAGAUUUAACAUUGUCUGUAGAAAAUGUUGAUCUAGAAACUAUGUCUGAUCACGAAAUCAAAAAGUUAGAAUUGUCAACCACCAACAUAACUGACGAUAUAAAAGUGAAUUUGACAAAAAUGAGCAAACUUCAACUCCAUGAAAAUCCCAGUGAAACCCAAGGAAAUGUAUUGAGCAGAAGAAGUUUAAGCAAUAGCAAAAUUCCUGUUAGCUCAAGAAAUAAUCGGAAAUCAUUAGAUUUCACCCAUGAAGGGCCAACUAUUUCAACACCAGUUAUUAUGAGAAAUGACUUGCACCUCAUUCCUUUUAGAUCGAAUUCUAAAAUUCGACCUAAGUCAGAAGUGCUGACAAAUAGACAUUAUGGAAUCGAAUCAUCGGUUGACAAUUUUCACAGAAAAAUUAGUAAGGGAUUUUCGACAGAAAAUUUAGGUAGGAUUAAAACUGAAAUACCAGUGAUGAAAAGAAAUUUUGAGGGCACAAAAUCUCUAGAGGAAAUAAGUCCAAGAAAUAAAGAGUUCCACAAUAAUCAUAAGACGUAUCUUAAGGAGUCUAAGCUUCCAAAAAAAAUUUAGCUAUGCCAAAAAAUAUUCCCACAUUUGGGUGAAGGAUCAAUUAAAUAAUGAUCGUCCAGUAUUCCCAUAUUAUAGUGUUCAAUGUAUUUAUAUGAUAUUUAAUGUACUGUUGAUCGAAUAUUAUAAUUAUAUUAAUGUUUUCAUUAUAUUUAUAUUUUAUCAUGACAAA